GCGGCGGCGGCGGGAGCGGCCCGGACGGAGCGGGGGGACCGGGACGCACCGGCAGCGCCCGCGCCCCUCCCACCCCCGCCCGCCGCUCCCGGAGCGCGGCCGCCGGCAGGAGGAGGAGGCGGCGGCGGCGGCGGCGCGGGGCCUGGGAAUGUGGCGGCGGCGGUGGUGGCGGCUCUGAGCCCUCCCCCUCGGCCCGGCCGCCAUGGAGCCGCGGCGGUGACAGCGCCGUCCCGCAGCGCCCGCCUCGAGCGGGGCCGCCGCCUGCAGACAUGGAUGAACAAGAGGCCUUGAAGUCCAUCAUGAAGGACCUGGUGGCACUCCAGAUGGGCAGACGUCACCGGCUGCCUGGGUAUGACACCAUGAAGAAUAAAGACACUGCUCACUCCAACAAACAGAAAAAACACAACGCCAGCAGUCCCCCCGUCUUGGGCAGCCCUGCAAUAACGAACCAGUGUGCCUCUGCAGUGGAAGAAAAAAAAAUCCCGAAUGAUGUCAGGAUAAAGUUUGAACAUAAUGGGGAGAGACGGAUUAUCCCGUUUGUCCGUCCCGUGCGCUACGAAGACGUGCAGCAGAAAGUGAAAACGGCCUUUGGGCAGCCCCUGGACCUCCACUACAUGAACAACGAGCUCUCCAUUCCUUUGAAAAACCAAGAUGAYCUGGAUAAAGCUGUCGAUCUCUUAGACCGGAGCUCAAAUGUGAAAAGCCUGAGGAUAUUAUUGCUGUCCCAGGACAGGAACCAUACCAAUUCUUCACCCCAUUCUGGACUGCCCAAACAAGUCAGGAUUAAAACUUCCCAGUCUGUGGGGGAUGUGAGCACACCCUACCAGCAGCCAGAACCCAGAAGUAGGCAUCUGUCUGUCAGUUCCCAGAACACGGGCCGGAGCUCACCCCCGCCUGGCUACGUCCCAGAGCGGCAGCAGCGCAUCGCCCGCCAGGGCUCCUACACCAGCAUCAACAGCGAGGGAGAGUUCAUCCCAGAGACCAACGAGCAGUGUAUGCUGGACCCUCUAAGCAGUGCUGAAAACUCGGUGUCAGGGAGCUGCCAGUCCUUGGACAGUCCUUCUUUUCGGAAGUCACGRAUGUCAAGGGCACAAAGCUUUCCUGAUAACAGACAGGAGUUCUCAGACCGUGAGAAUCAGAUCUAUGACAAAGCAGGCAAAGGUGGGACCUACCCUCGGCGYUACAACGUCUCCAUGCAGCACAAGGACUACAAUGAUGGCCGCAGGACAUUCCCCAGGAUCMGACGUCACCAAGGGAAUCUUUUCACCCUGGUGCCCUCCAGUCGUUCCCUGAGCACCAAUGGAGAGAACCUGGGCCUGGCUCUGCAGUACCUGGACCCACGGGGCCGCCUGCGCAGCGCCGACAGCGAGAACGCCCUGGGCGUGCAGGAGAGGAACAUUCCCACCAAAUCUCCAAGUGCCCCGAUAAACUGGCGCCGGGGAAAGCUGCUGGGCCAGGGCGCCUUYGGCCGCGUGUAUUUGUGCUACGACGUGGACACGGGCAGAGAACUCGCAGCUAAACAGGUCCAGUUCGACCCAGAGAGCCCUGAAACAAGCAAGGAAGUGAGUGCUCUGGAGUGUGAAAUUCAGCUGCUGAAGAAUCUCCAGCACGAGCGCAUUGUGCAGUAUUACGGCUGCUUACGGGACCGAGCAGAAAAGACCUUGACCAUCUUCAUGGAGUACAUGCCAGGGGGGUCAGUGAAAGACCAGCUGAAGGCCUACGGAGCCCUGACGGAAAAYGUCACCCGAAAAUACACCCGGCAGAUCCUGGAGGGUGUCUCGUACCUUCACAGCAACAUGAUUGUGCACAGGGACAUAAAGGGUGCCAACAUCCUCCGUGACUCUGCUGGGAAUGUGAAGCUUGGGGACUUUGGGGCCAGCAAAAGGCUGCAGACAAUCUGCAUGUCUGGGACAGGAAUCCGCUCGGUCACGGGCACCCCGUACUGGAUGAGCCCUGAGGUGAUCAGCGGGGAAGGCUACGGCAGGAAAGCRGAUGUUUGGAGCCUCGGCUGCACCGUGGUGGAAAUGCUGACAGAGAAACCCCCCUGGGCAGAGUACGAAGCCAUGGCAGCGAUCUUCAAAAUCGCCACRCAGCCCACCAACCCCCAGCUGCCCUCCCACAUAUCAGAACAUUGCCGGGACUUCCUAAAGCAGAUCUUUGUGGAAGCCAGGCACAGACCCUCUGCUGAAGAGCUGCUCAGACAUCAGUUUGCACAGCUCCAGUACUGAAUUACCUCCCUCGCUCGCAGCUCCUGCCGGGCUCUCCACGCCCUUGCCUGGUCUGGUUGCAACUGCCCAGUCGUGGUGCUGCAUCUUUGAAAUGCCAACUCAGCUAGGCCUAGUCCUUUGGGGAAGUUCUGCCAAGGAACUUAGGGUCUGCUCUCGUGCCUGAUUCCUUUGCUUGCUGGACUGAUGUUCAUCCUGCCAACAGCUGUCCGAGCAGAGCUGCGUUUUUUGCCCCGAGUUACCUGGACGUGACAUUGCAGCCGGCUGCGUGUUCUCUGCAGGCUGGGAAUGGGAAUCUUAACAAAUAUCUCACUGGUUGAACAUAGGAGAAAYCUGAAUCCAAGUGGGAGCAAGAUAGAAAUGUUCAGCAGCUCUGUCUGCAGCUCCAGAGGCAUCUCCAGUCCCUGAAUCCAGCACAAAGCCAUGUGUCACGGAGCGCGCGCUCGCUACAGUAUGGUAUAUUUUUCUUCUYGAGUAUUCAGCAUCUGAAGGUGUUCAGAAAAUACUGAUUCAAAAGUAUGUGAAUAGUGUUAUUUUAUAAAUGAACCCGUGGAUUUGGGGCUGGGGGUGAGGGGGGGGUGUCUUUCUAGAAAAAUGUUCAGGAUAAUCAGACGAGUUUCAGCAGAAUGCAAUCACUCCGGGGCCUGAGGCUCUCCCGCUGACGUUGGAAAAUCCAGAGCUCAUUUUUCCAAGGUUCCUCCUGCAUCUGUCUCUUUGGCUGGUAGCUUUUUACCAUCCUUUAAACCAAAGAUAGUCCAUCUGGUGCCCAGGAAUUUACUCCAGCGUUUCUUUGAGGUUUUCUUGGGGAGAAUGACCUGGACACUCGCUGUGCACGGGAAGCUGCAAUCAAGCUCAACCUUUCGCUGUGCGUCGUUCAUUUUUUUUUACAGGCGUGCAAGAGGUCAUUUCAGAGUGCCAUAAAAAUGUCAUGGCCUAACUUCAUCUUUUGUAGGAGUCCAAGUCAAACAGGGAGCCAGAGAAAAUGUUUUAAGUKGUAGCAAAUAUCUAAAAUUACCUGGAGAUCCCCAUGGAGGUACCAGCAAAAUGUUUCCAAGUGAUUGUACACUUGAAAGAUCCCACAGGUCUGAGAACUUUGAGGUCCUGAUGGCCUCAAAUCCUCUGUGCUAAUCAUCUUUAUUUCAGCAGUUUUUAAGUGCUGGGGAUUCAUGGAGUGAUUAUAAGUUAUCUCUGAGUAAUGAAACUAAGAAAAGCAAUGUUAAUUAACUAAAAUAUUGCUUUAUAGGGCAACACUGAAGGUGUUCUGCUCUUGUAUUGGAAACCAUAUCAAAGUUCCACACACCCCCACUCUUCUCCCCCAUAAAAAUUUGAAAAUUGCUUCCUAAUGCAGUAAAAUUAAGUUUUUAAGUGAAUGCUAAUAGCAGGAUAAGGCAAGUUUUUAUGAAACAGAGCUCCUUGAACACAUGAAAAAUACUGUGUUGAAUUAAAAGAGGGGAAAAAAAGAACCCUAAAAGCCCCAACCAACCAAAAGUCCUGAAAAGCUUUAACAAUAUGAAGUGUUUUUUCUGUGCCAAACCCAGAGCAAAGUCUAACCAGUAAAAGCUGGUGUUGGUUUCCUUUCCAGGCUCCCUGCACUACUCCAAGGAUGCACUGUCCCAACCGUGGGCACUUAGGGGAUCCCUUUUAUGAAAAACCCUUAUUCCAUAAUUUAUUUAAUUCUAGUGAGAGCACUUCUGUUGAUCUUUUCCCAGCCUGGAACGUGACUCCAGAUUGUCCAGACCCUURGCCUGACCUCUGGCCUUGCACUUCAUCAUCACCGUGAGGGGAAGAGAGGGUGGGACGCUCCUGCUCAGAUUUAGGGAACUUUUCACACCGCUCUGCAGGGAAUGUGGGAUCAUCUGUGGGGUUGGUAUGGCCAAAACAGCAGGGUCAGCACCUCUGGGGGGUUCAGCUCUUCAAGCCUUGCAGCCUAAAUAAACCAAAGAUGGGAGUUUUCACCCAGCACCGGCAGCGAUGGGAGCGCGGUGACGCCUGCGGGGUUUUCAUUCCCUCCAUCCUCACCAAACCCAGACUUUCUCCCCUGCUCUUCCCUCACCAUCCCAAAUGUCGUGAUCCAGCAGAGAGCAGGGCACGAGGGAAUUCCUAAUUAAUUCCUAAUUAAUUAAUUUCUAAUAACGCCUCGAAGCAGCUCAACCCUCAGGACCCGCCGUGGCUUUUACCUCACCCACCAUUCCGGGACUGGAAAAAAGGACUAAAAAAAAGGACUAAAAAAGGACUGCAGGGCUCGGUGCUGUCCCCAAAUCCGUGCUGGGUGUGUGCCAGGGGCAAAUCACAGCUCUAGAGUGACAGAGAACACGGGGCCAGCAGCCACGAGUUCGGCACAGGAACAAGCCAAAGCAUUGCCUGUAUGUUUGGAGAUGCACUUUUAUGAAUGUAGUUUAUAUCGCUCUUUUUUAGCUCUUUUUACGUCAUGUAAACGGUGAUGCCUCAUACUUUUUUUUUUUUUUUUUUUUUUUUUU